AUGUUCACUUGGCCUUCAUCAAGAGCUGCCGGUUCUACCUCAGCGUACACUGGCCCACCUGGCAGCACAGGAGAAACUCAGAGGCUCUCCAGACCCAGCAGUGCAGCUGUGUUGGUCACCAGAAAGACAAAGACCAGCUGCAAGAGGAAGUCCACCACAGAUGAGAGCACAGAGGGGCAAAGGAGGCAAAGCAGAAGAACCCCUAGUCCUACUGAAGAGCACAAACACACCACUAGGGGCUCUUCUUCUUCCACUGAGACACCUGCCAGCAUCAUCUCUGAAACAGAGAGGAAAAAGAGGAAGUCUGAGAAGACAGCAGGACCCAGAAAGAAAAGCAGAAAGACCCCCAGUCCCUCCGAGGGCCCCAGCCACCAGGCCACUACUGAGACCUCCUCCAAUGAUCAGCCUGGCACCUCCCCGAACAGCAGAGCUGCUUUUAAAGCCAAGUAUAAGGAGGAGAAACUGCUGGGUGAAGGAGGCUACGGAACAGUUUUUGCUGGGUACCGUCAAGACGACAAUAUGCCUGUGGCCAUAAAACAUAUCCCGAAGGUUGGCGUUAAGCACAUAUCAAUACUUCUGGAAGGGAAAAGCAGAAUGGUCCCUAUGGAGGUGGCACUGCUGCUGAAACUCAAGCCAGCAGCACCAGGGACCAGUGCAGUGGUGUCCCUGUUGGACUGGUACAGUCUGGACUAUGAGCUGAUUCUGGUCCUAGAGAGACCAGUCCCCUGCACUGACCUGGUCGACUUUAUCAACUCUAGACAGUCAGCCCUGCAGGAGCACGAGGCUAAAAUCAUAACAAAACAACUGGUGGAUGCACUUAUUGCGGUCCACUCCAAAGGUGUGUUCCACCGGGACAUCAAGCUGGACAACAUCCUCAUUGAAACGGGCUCCGAUGUCCCCCGUGUCAGGCUCAUUGACUUUGGCUGUGGCACCUUUCUGUCAGGGGGGAAGUACAUGACGGAACAAGGAACCUAUUGGUACACCAGCCCUGAGUGGUUCCUGCGUGGUUGGUACAAAGCUGGACCAAGUACUGUGUGGCAGCUCGGUGUAGUUCUGUUUGCAAUGCUGCAUCGAUAUCUUCCCUUCAACAGCUCCUCUGAGAUGAUCAGUGAUGAGCCUCACCUUAGUGACAGUCUUACUGAUGACUGCCAUGGUUUCCUACGAAGCUGUCUCAUCAAGAGCCCAGAGGAAAGAGCCACCCUGGAGACACUGAAGCACCACCCCUGGCUGGGAUCCCUGGUGGACACAGCCUCCACCACUUCCAUUCUCCAGCCAGGGACACUAAAGCACCACCCCUGGCUGAGCUACACUGACCCACAGUUGGACCUUUCAGAACCACAGAUAGACACCUCAGGACCACAGGUGGAGCCCUCAAGACAACACAUGGACCCACCAGAAUCACAUGUGGACCUCUCAGGGUCAGGGAUUCAACCAACCAGGACCACAACCAGUGCCAUAGCUGGGCCCACUAGGACCACAUAUGGACCUCUCAGGGCCGCAGAUGUACACAUCAAGUCCACAGACGGACCCCUCAAGGCAAUAGAUGGACCCACCAGUACCACAGAUGGUCCCCUAAGGGCCACGGAGGGACCGCCCACGACCACAGCUCCAGGAUCAAUGUUGCUGUGGCCCCAGUCAAGAUUUCCGCUUUAUUCCAAUCUCCCCUUGCCGUGCGUGAAGGCGGAGAUCUUCUGUGUGGAAAGUGGUCCUGGUUUCAUCUCUGUGAGGGCGUAUAUAGAGGAGCUGUUGCCUGCCAGAGGUGUUGGUGUCCGCAGCAUGUAG